CUAUUGUCAUUCUCUCAAUUGUGAUAGGCAGGGUCGGUCUGCUAAAGCCACACGUGCAUUCUGGACUGUCGUAGAAGACGCCAUGCCGGAGAAAGGCACGCAGUACCCCUUACCAGAAAAGGGGGUGCAAACUCCGGACCAUUGGCCGCCGCGUGCAUCCAAGUCGGCUGUGCUCUGGGGGACAAGAUACAAGAAUCCCCAGCGACCGACUCUGAGGGUAUCUGCGCUUUCUCCCGUGCAAGAAUGCUCCGAGCCAGAGGCACGGGAGGAGACGACGCCUGGACGCGGAGGUGGUCGACGUCGCCGCCGCAGACGGCGCAACGUGGCCGCCCCGCAUCCCGAAAAUGAACCCACCGAGCAGACUCAAGCCCGCCGCCGCCGUAAGAAAAAAGCCGACCCCAGUGCGCCUUUUGACGAAACCUACGAAACCGUGCCCUUUGAUGAGACUUAUUCUGUCGCCAGCGAGUCUGGAACGGAUCAGUUUGGAACGACAACGGGCCAUGAUGAUGGAAACGUGACGGAAUCAAAAGCGCCAUCUACUGACCACCCACCCGAAACUGCAGUCUCGAAUGAGGAUGAGCGCUUGAUGCCUAAACCCCAGCGAACACGCACUCGUCGGUCGAAGCAGAAGAACGGAGAAGAGAUCGUCAAAGAUAUCGAAGAACAUAAAGAAACGGAGGUGAAAGAAGAAGAGGCAAAGAGAGAAGAGACGCCCACGGCAUCACCAGAGGACGUGAAGGGGGUUCCUGGGGACACCGCACCAAUUGAGAGGUCUGGGCGCCGCUUGUUCUCAGAGUCCUCCACUGGAUCCACAGAACAUAGGGAAGACUGUACCAGCCAAGACGAAGACGCUACCGCUGAUAAGAAGAAGUUGCGUAAGGAGCGGAAACGCCUGUUCUUUGAGCAGAAGUACGGAUACUUCCACUGCCAUAACUGUGACUGGCGCUGGGAGAGCGCUUACGUGUGGUGUGUGUCAGGGACGGACAAGGUAUAUUUCAAGCAGGAUUGCCGCCUAUGCCAGAACGCCAUCAACCCGUACUUUGUGGAGGGUCUCUACUGUGGUCGGUGCCGAGAGUCUCCCUGCAAGUGUCCACAACGCCCCCGUGCGGACAUGAGCAUGCAGUACAACCCCGGCGAGCUCAACUCAAGGAAGCUGCAUCGCCGGGAGCUUUGCCAUCGUUGCCGAGACAAACCUAUCCCUUGUAAUGCUAUUCCCAGCUUUAAGUACCAAGUCUAAAGAAACGACCUCCUCGGAAAUUCUAAGCAUUUGAUAUUCAAUGUAAUAUGAAUUGAUGCGAAGAACGAUGCGUGAUAGAAUUAUUAUUUUGCACUCAAAACGAAAACCAAUGAUUGUGUUCUUGAUAUUUUGAUUCAAUGAGGCCACAUUACAACUGUCCAUCGACAGAUUUUGUUGUUUUCUCUCUUUCGUUCUUACACGCUUGAGAACUGAAUUUUCUAUUACUCCAAUGUCUCAAGAAUGAAAAUGAUGAGAAUAUAGAUUAUGAUUUAUAUGACAAGAUAAGUAACUAUUGCGAUAAAUGUUUUGGCAAGAAAUACGAUUUAUUUAGUAUUCUUGAUUAGUUUUAUUUUAUUUUAUUUCUAUGGAUUUAUAUGAAGUUGACGAAAAAUGCUGUUAUGAACUACCAUAUUGCACUUUAAGCAAGUCAUCUAUGUCUAAUCAUGUAUUUUUUGGGACAUUGAUUAAUAAAUGAUGCAAGAUCUUCAU